AUGCCCCCCCCCCCCCUCUCUCUCUCAGUAGUGUGGGGAGCACGCUUCUCCCAGGAGCCGGCGGACCAGGCGGUGGUGUUGGGCGAGCGGGUCAUCCUGUCCUGCGUGGUCUUCAACUACACGGGCAUCGUGCAGUGGACCAAAGAUGGCCUGGCCCUGGGCAUCGGAGAGGACCUGCGGGCCUGGCCUCGGUACCGUGUGCUGCGGGUGGUGGAUGUGGGCCAGUAUAACCUGGAGAUCACGUCGGCCCAGCUGUCCGAUGACUCCCUCUACGAGUGCCAGGCCACCGAGGCGGCGCUGCGCUCACGACGCGCCAAACUCACCGUACUCAUCCCACCAGAUAACCCAGUGAUAGAUGGCUCUCCAGAGCUCCUGCUGUUAGCUGGUGUCCCCUACAACCUGAGCUGUGUGUCCCGUGGAGCCAAACCCCCCGCCAACAUCCAGUGGACACGCGACGGACUACCACUAGAGGGCGCCUACAGCACUACGGAGGUCCUCCCGGACAGAAAGCGGGUGACCACUCGGAGUCUGCUCCCCCUCACCCCAAAGGAUGUGGACUCUGGACGCAACUACACCUGUGUGUCCACCAAUCCAGCCGUCCCCACCGGCAAACACAUCAGCGUUAUACUCAACGUACACCAUAAGCCCACAGUCACUCUGUCUAUAGAGCCACGGUCAGUGCUAGAAGGAGAGAGAGUCACUUUCACCUGCCAGGCCACAGCCAACCCUCCUAUCAUGGGCUACAGGUGGGCUAAAGGCGGUGUGAUUCUGGACUGGGCCCGUGACAGUGUGCAUGUGACGCUGGUUGACCACUCCUACUUCACUGAGCCGGUGUCCUGUGAGGUGUUCAACGCUGUGGGCAGCACUAACGUCAGCAUCCUGGUGGACGUCCACUUCGGCCCCAUGCUGGUGGUGGAGCCGCGGGCCAUGAUGGUGGACGUGGGCUCUGACGUCAGUCUGAACUGUAAGUGGGCGGGCAACCCCCCCCUCACCCUCACGUGGACCAAGAAGGGCACCAGCAUGGUUCUUAGUAAUAAUAAUCAGUUGUAUCUGAAGUCGGUGAGCCAGGCGGAUGCUGGUCAGUACGUCUGCAAAGCCAUCGUCCCCAGGAUUGGAGUCGGAGAGACGGAAGUGUCCCUCACGGUCAACGGCCCCCCCAUCAUCUCCAGUGAUGCUGUGCAGUACGCUGUCAAAGGGGAGAGAGGGGAAAUCAAGUGCUACAUCGCCAGCACCCCUCCUCCAGACAAGAUAGUGUGGGCCUGGAAGGAGAAUGUGUUGGAGAAGGAGCGGGGGACUCUGCUGGAGCGCUACACAGUGGAGCAGAGUAAAGCUGUACCACAAGGGGGCGCCGUUCUCUCCACCCUCACCAUCACCAACGUCCUGGAGCCCGACUUCCAGUCCACCUACAACUGCACCGCCUGGAACGCAUUCGGCCCCGGCACCAUGAUCAUCACACUCAAGGAGAAAGAGUUGGUUCCCGUGGGGAUUAUCGCCGGGGGAACAGUGGGCUCUUCAGUGCUGCUGCUGCUCUUCCUGCUGGCGCUCGCUCUCUACCUGUACCGCCAGCGCAAGAGCAGUCGUAGAGGGGUCGCGCUGAAGCCAGACAUCAAGGUGGAGACCGUCAACAAGGAGACGCACAGCUUGGAGGAGGAGCCUGUCAACGUAUCCACGGCAACACGCAUGGUCAAGGCCAUGUACUCUCCCUUCAAGGAGCACAUGGAGCUCAAGCCCGACAUGCACACCGAGAUCCACACACAGAGUGAGGAGUACGAGCUCAAGGACCCGACCAAUGGCUACUACAACGUGCGAGCGACCCCUCAGGACGAGACCCACCCGUCCACACGCGCGCUGCUCUACCAGGAGUUCCGCCCCGCCAACCCCACGGCAACCACCACCCUGCCAACGGCUGCCCCGGCAACCAGUGUCCCGGUACCCAACCGCAGCCACGCCCCCAUCGGCCGCUAUGAGGUCCGCCCACAAUCCCGCCUCUCUCACCCUGGAUACUCCCACUUUAAUACUGUUGCCCGGGCAACCCAGAACAAGGCCCCUCCCAACACAGACUUCGGCGGAGACGGUGGCCUUCUGACGGCCACCAAUCAGAUGGCUUAUGAGAGCUACGCUUACCCAACCAGCUCGCAGUACAACCAGUACAGGAUGGGCUUUGCCCCGCCCCUGGAGGAAGGGCCGGCCUAUGAGAUGUAUCCCACAGGACAAGGGGCGGGGCAGGGCGUGGCCCAGGAGCAGGCGACGGCCAAGUAUGGUAGCUCCGCCCACUUCCCCUACAACACUCCGCCCACUGAACACUCACAAAAACACACCCAGAGGAUGCAGACACAUGUGUGAGGAGCACACACACACACACACACACACAC